UUUGCACUUCCCGAGACCUGGGUCCAGCCACACAUAGGGUCAGAGGCAUUGAGGGAUUUGUAAACUUGUAAGUUUGAGGCUUGGGUCUCCUCUUCUCUGUUUGGUAUUUAUAGGUCUGUCUCUCCUCCCAGGAUCACAACAAAAACCCGCUGAUCUCAGGGAAAAGAAUAAUGGAAGAUGACCUCAGCAACUCUGUAGACCUGAUGAUUUUGGUUUUGAUGCGAAUGCUUUUGAUUCUACCAACGAUUAAAGUAAAAUCGCUCCGGGAGUCACUUUGCUGCUUUUAGAUUUUUUUGCGAUGCCUCUCGGAACACCAGCCCCCAUAAACAAGCGGAAAAAGAUCUCCAAGAUCAUAACUGACCUAUCAAACAUCACUCAGGAUGAGUACGAGUCAGAGCCAGAAGCAUCUGAGUUUGACUUGGGAACAAAAAUCAGGACUCCCAAAGACAUCAUGCUGGAGGAGCUUUCCCUGAUGAAGAACCGCGGCUCCAAGAUGUUCAAGAUGAGGCAGCAGAGAGUAGAGAAGUUCAUCUAUGAGAACAACCCUGACAUCUUCAGCAGCGAGUCUAUGGACAACCUCCAAAAGUUUGUCCCCUCUCUGGGUGGUCAGAUGGGAGGUCAGAUGAUAAAUGUUGGUGGGCAUUUUCUUAGCAAAGAGGCUGGACAGCUGCAUUUUGUUGGGAUUCAUGCUGGGGGAGGGGCCCCUGUGCCUCCUCCAAAGCCCGGAAGCAAAGGAGCAGGAGGAGCAGGAGGUGCAGGAGGUGCAGGAGAUGCAGGAGGAAUGGGUGGGGGAGACCAUGGAAAAGGUGGAAAAGGAGAGGGAGUGAGUGAGUGGUCUCCCCUAAAAGGAGGUGGAAGCGAUGACACUAAGAAACACACUCACGCGAGGAUGUACGUGUCCCCAUGGGAGAAGGCCAUGAAGGGUGAUGAAAAUCUGUUAGCUACUCUGAAAACUGCAAUGCCUGGUCCCUUUAAGCAAAAGGAUUUGCCCAUGUGGAAAUGCUUCAACAGGUGUGCCAUACCCUACGGCGGCUUUGAGAAGGCCAACCAGUUCAUGAAAUUCCAGCUUCCAGAAAGUGAGCCAGCUAAACAGGAGCCGGAACCUGCAGUGGUGUACCAACAUGACAUCGGCUGCCGGCCUUCCUUCAACCGCACUCCUAUCGGCUGGGCAGGCAGCAGUGAGCCCAGCAGCAUUCAUAUGGAGUCGGAUGUUGUGCCCUUUGACGGAGAGACAGAUGAGCUGUGAACAAAAUAUUCAUGCUGUGAUUGCAUUCACUCGGCAGAGACACACACACAAGCAUGAAUGCAUGCAUACACAUUAGCAUGCACACGAAUGAUAGACGAGCUUACGAUUAACUGAUAAAUUUGUGAAUUUGAAAACUCUCAGUGUGGAUAACUGAAUGUCUAUAUAAAUUGUGGUCAUGUUCUUAUUUUGUUCUGUACUUGAUUGCAAGGCAAAAAAAUCUAUGGAUGUUAUGGGGAAAUAAAACAUGGAAUGUUUAUUUGUUAAGUUUAUAAGUUGAGUCUAAAUACUCCUUUAAUUUGUAGGAAAAGUUGGUGAAAAGUUGCAGAUUUCGUCAAUGAGGAAAGAAUGAAUCAGGUAUGGAGGACGGAUUUAUGUUAUGUUGCUGUUAUACACAAUGUCUUGAUGUCAACUUGUAACCAUAUUUGUUACUUCCCAGUGCCUCUUUAGUUGUUAAGAUACUCUGCUCUUUUGUUGAGCUGUGAAAACCCUACAAACCUGUCUAAUCCAUGCAUGCCUAGAGACAGUUGCUUAUCCAUUGACCUUCUGUACCAACACAUUUUCUCCACAAUAAACCCUUUCAAACUC